UAUUGGUUCCCAACUCCUGACACCAAAUUUCACAGAUUACCUCUCUCUCUCUCUCUCUCUCUCUCUCUCUCUCUCUUCUAGAAACCAACUUUUUGAAUCUGAGACGUUUCCAUUCUUAGCGUUCAAGUUUCCAAGGCAAAACCUUGUCAUUCAUGUGACAACGUGACUUCGACCCUCCUCCCAAUUCCCGUGACUUUCCAAUACCCAGAAAUUCAAAUUCCACCUCACAAUUCCGAACAAGAAUAGAAAACGAAUCCCACCUUUUCCCCAUUCCCCAAAGCCUCCUUCCCAUUUCCUUUGCACUCCAGUACCCAUUUUCCAUCCAUGCAAUCGGAUGCCCAAGGGAAAAGAUUUGCCUCGCAAUUCACCGAUUUUAUGACUUGUUCUAGCUUAUCCUUUGGUCUUUUUAUCUUUUUCCGUUCGUAAGCAGUGUUUUCCUGGCCAACUUUCUAGCAUCUAUCACCAAUCCUAUAGCCUCUGUCACAACCGUUUGACACCGUUACGGGUGUCGUGAGGUUUGUUGUUCUUCCUAAUCUGUUUACGAGUUUCGAAGAGUUCAGCCGUCGAAUAGCAUUGAAACUAUUACAUCUAGCAACGCAGUAAUCUUCCGAGAAAAUCCAAUAAGACAUGGCAGCAACCGAACUACGCUCGGAAGCACCCAGUCUAGCCGCGAGCCCCCGCAUCUCGUUCUCCCACGACCUCUCCCAGUACGACGUCGUCCCCGUCGAACCCCACCUCUCCCGAUUGAACUCCACGGGCGUCGACUUCAAUUUCUCGGUAGUUCGCGAGAGUCUCGACCACGAGUCGUUCUCGGCCGACGAGCUUUUCUCCGACGGGAAACUCCUCCCCUCACAAAUCAAAACCAAACCCAUUAUUAUGCUUUCCCCAAAUGAAACCCACCAAUCAGAAACGAAUCUCGAAAAUCCAAAAACAGAGGAUUCCAGAGCAUCAGAAGAGAAGCAGAGUAAAACCACGUCGUUUUGGCCGUUCAAGCGGAGUAGUAGUGUAAGUGGCGGCGGUCAUGGGCGGGGUUUUUGUCCUCUGCCACUGCUGUCGCGGAGCCAUUCGACUGGCUCCGCGGCGGUUAGUUCUUCGAAAACGCUGAAAACCACGGCGUGUUCGAGGGAGAAUUGGCAGAGGAAUUUAUUCUCCUCCUCCUCCUCCUCGUCGCUGUCGAAGUCGCAGGGGAACACGUGUUGUUCGGGCGGGAAUUAUUCGAAGCCGCCGGUGAAGAAGAAAGGGUACGGGGGUUACGGGAAGGCUGUGCGAGUUAAUCCGGUUUUGAAUGUCCCGUCGGGUAAUUUGUUUGGCUUGGGAUCAAUUUUCUCCAAUGGGAAGGACAAGAACAAGAAGAAAUGAAAAUUGCGGAAAUUGUUUGAGAAUUUAGUGUGUUUUUUAAUAACCAGAUAUCCGGACCAGCUUUCAUGCAUCUCAAAUAAUACCGGAGCUUUAAAAAUAACGACCGAGCAAACUUUCAAUGACCGGAAUGAAUUUAGUGUUGAGCAGGAGUUUGGUAUUACAACGGGUUUCGACGGUGAUUAUGGUGAAUUUUUUUCCGGGCAUUUGAGUCCUUUUUUUUUUCUUUUUUUUGGAGUUUUUGGUUAGUCUCGAGUAUAUUUGAGACGUGUAAAUAUACGAGCUGUAUUUUGUUAGAAGCGUGAAAAUAUAUAGAUAUGAUUAAAAAAUGCCCACUGGAAAUGAAAGGUUCAAGUUCCUCUCUUUUUUUCCGUUAAUUCU